CCGUGGCGAAGACCUUCAACCAGUUCGAAUUUAUCCUGUUCAUCAACAUCUCUGGGGUGAUUCUUUCACAGCUGCUGUCACAAUGUCGACCGCAGAAGAGCUAUUGAGGGAUUUCGAGGAGGAUGAGGAGGGCUUCGAGGGCCUGGAGGAGCAGGAGGAGCCCGAGGAGAUGGAGCAGGAAGAAGAGCCCCAAGAGAAACCGGCGAAUGACUUCGAGACUGCCAUGUCCACGGCGGACGAGCUUACACGUCUUCAUAAAGUCCUUCGUGACCAUUAUUCCAUUCGAUUUCCGGAGUUAGAGACGCUCGUUACAAACCCUAUCGACUACGCAAAGACCGUUGCGAUCUUGAAGAAUGGCCCGCUUAACGACAUCAAGGCGAUUUCGUCCUCAGCUGACAAUAUGGUUGGCGCAUCGCUGGAAUCGGUGCUGGAUGGACCUACGUUGAUGGUUGUUGCUGUCGAAGGGACAACUACAAGAGGGCGCGAGAUGACUGAGUCGGAACUGAAGAUUGUCCUGGAUACCUGCGAGAGAAUUCUGAAGUUGGACCGCGAGAGGACUGCCCUGGCGGAAAGUGUGGUGUCGCGUAUGAACGAGAUGGCGCCCAAUUUGACCGCGCUCAUCGGACCGCAGACAGCAGCUCAAUUCCUGAACCAGGUCGGAGGUCUUCAUGAGCUGGCCAAGGUCCCCGCGUGCAAUUUGGCCGCUCAGGGUUCGAAGAAGCAGUCCGGACUGGGCUUUGCUACAAAUGUUGGAAUCAGACAGCAGGGAUUUCUCUACAAUUCGCCCGUCAUCCAGGGCAUUCCUAACGACCUCAAGCGUCAGGCGAUGCGCAUUGUGUCUGCUAAAAUGGUUCUUGCCGCCAGAGCAGAUGUGGCGGGGUCUAGUCGCGAUGGAUCUAUGGGAGAGGAGCUGAAGCAACAGUGUUUCCAACGUCUCGAGAAACUAACUGAACCUCCGCCUAACAAGGGACCUCGUGCUCUUCCGGCACCGGACGACAAACCAUCGAGGAAGCGAGGAGGUCGCAGGGCUCGUAAAGCCAAGGAGGCCAUCGCUAUGACGGAGAUCCGUAAAGCGCAGAACCGCGUUGCUUUCGGUAAGGAAGAAGCAGAAAUCGGUUACGGAACCGGUGAAGGGACAAAGGGACUGGGAAUGCUGGGCCAGCAGGACCUUGGCCGUAUUCGCGCGACUCAAAUCGAUCAGAGGACGAGGGCCAAGCUCAGCAAGAACAACAAGGGCUGGGGCGCAGCGACUCCUGUUGCUGGAACGGCUUCCUCCCUUCGUGGUUUUGGACAGGGCUCUGGCAGUGCCUCUGUCCUGCAGGCGAAGGGCCUUCGUACAACCGGAGUCGGACCCUCUUUGGGAGGAGUUGCGGGUACAGCUAGUUCUAUCGCGUUCACACCUGUCCAGGGACUUGAGCUUGUCGACCCCAAGGUCCAAGCCGAGCUCAACAGGAAGCGGAAAGCGGAGGAAGACAGAUGGUUCAAGAGUGGAACGUUCACUCAGGUCGGGAGUCAGAACAGUAAUAACUCGCAGCAGCAGCAGCAGCAGAAUGGUGGAUUCAAAGUCCCGGACAUCCCUGCGAGGAAGAAGGUCGACACAGGUGAUGGCAAGAUGGCUCCUCCGCCUCUUCCGGUGAAGAAAUAGAUUAGUCCAUCCUAUCCUUCGAAGGAAAGGAUUGUGCCGUGUAUGCAUUUGGGGCGUUCUGGCGGGGUUAUUUUAUACGAUUGCUUGCAUGAUACCAUGUCUCUAUUGUUUCAAGAUCAUGGGGUUGGCGGAAAAGCCCAUAGGAUGAAUAGAAUUCAAACUUUCUAGAAACAGUAACUGAACAGCAAG